AUGUUAUCUGUCGAAUUCAGCCUGAUUCCAGUGGAUAAAGGAGCGUGGUUUGUUGAGGCUGAUACAUUCCCCACCCCCUUAUCUGAGCUCAGAGCCAUUACCGCCAUAUUGGGAAUUUGCUCCCUCCUACUACUUGUUUCUUUUUCUCCCUCCUACUACUUGUUUCUUUUGCUCCCUCCCACUACUUGUUACUUUUGCACCUCCCACUAUUUGUUUCUUUUGCUCCCUCCCACUCCUUUUUUCUUUUGCUCCCUCUUACUAUUUGUUACUUUUGCUCCCUCCCACUAUUUGUUACUUUUGCUCCCUCCUACUACUUGUUUAUUUUGCUCCCUCCUUCUACUUGUUUCUUUUGCCCCCUCCCACUACUUGUUUGUUUUGCUCUCUCCCACUGCUUGUUUCUUUUUCACCCUUCCACUACUUGUUUCUUUUGCUCCCUCCUACUAUUUAUUUCUUUUGCUCUCUCCCACUACUUGUUUGUUUUGCUCUCUCCCACUACUUGUUUCUUUUUCUCCCUUCCACUACUUGUUUCUUUUGCUCCCUCCCAUUACUCGUUUCUUUUGCUCCUCCUACUACUUGUUUGUUUUGCUCUCUCCCACUACUUGUUUGUUUUGCUCUCUCCCACUACUUGUUUCUUUUGCUCCCUCCUACUACUUGUUUCUUUUGCCCCCUCCCACUAUUUGUUACUUUUGCUUCCUCCCACUACUUUCAAAAUUGAAAUAUCUAUCUAUCUAUCUAUCUAUCUAUCUUCUUAAUCAUUUCACCCCAUUCUGUUCAUAUCUAUCUAUCUAUCUAUCUAUCCCAGUCAGUUCAUAUCUAAAUUACUCAUAUCUAUCUAUCUAUCUAUCUAUCUAUCUAUCUAUCUAUCUAUCUAUCUAUCUUCUUAAUCAUUUCUCACUCACUCAUUGGGGCUCACAGUCAAAAUUGAAAUAUCUAUCUAUCUAUCUAUCUAUCUAUCUAUCUAUCUAUCUAUCUUCUUAA